GAUCGAGAAAAGCCAGAAGGGGUUUGAACCAUGAUCGAUCGACCCAGAAGAUUUCGUUCUGGUGGUGGUCGGUAUCCCCCAUCCUCGCGCCACCGGGCGGCGCUCCUUCCAAUCGAAUCUCCCUGCCUGCCUGCCUGCCUGACCGGAGCGGACGCCGGCCGGCGAUGGCGCUGGUGCCCGACUGCCCCCCGGACCUCCGGGUCUACGACUCGAGUUACAACCGCGGGUACACGUCGCCCCGGGAGCAGUCCGAGCACAGGUCGCGGCUGCUGCGCAAGAUCCACGACUCCUACCGCAAGGCGCUGGAGCGGCUGAACGCCAGGGCGAGGCCCGGCAUGGCGGCGCGCUUCCUCCACGGCGGCGGCGGGGCACUCUGCCUCGGCCUCCUCGACCCGGUCUCCAACAUCGUGGCCAACACCCUCGUCUCCCGCGGCGAGCCGGGCGACCUCGUCCACGUCCCCGAGGACAAGCUCGGGGACCUGGAGCGCCGCUCGCUGGACGGACUCGUCGCGUUCCUCACCCGAUUCUUCCCCUACCUCACCGACUGCCACGCCGUGCGCUUCCUGCUCCUCGCCGGCGCCGACCUGCUCGCCGCCGUCCGCGCCGUCGCGUCGGACCUCGGCAUGACGCGGUUAGGGUCAUCACCCGGGCCCGCCGUCGAGGAGGCCCUCGUGAUGGCCCUCAGGUGCGCCGCCCUGGCCGCCAGGCACCCGGACCCCGACCGCCUCGUCCGCGACUGGCUCGCCAUCUCCGGCCGCCUCGACGACACCGUGCGCCUCCUCGCCGACGUGCGCCGCCGCUCCCCCGAAUCCAGCCUCGACAGGCUCCCCAACCUGCUCGACGGAUUGCCGCCCCCGGCCCACCAAGACCUGUGGCGACGACUGACGGCCUCUCGUCCGCCUCCUCCUCGCCGCAGCGUGCCGCACCAGACCACCACCGCCCUCAACGGCACGCUCCAGGACGCGCUCCACGGGUUCUACCUCGAGGCCAUCGCCCGGUUGCCGGCCGGCGAGCUGCGCUCCCGGCUCCACCGCAGCCUGCUCGUGGCCGGCCACUGCUACGGCCCGCUCGACCCCGUCUCCAACAUUAUCAUCAACACCAUCUGGCACGACGCGGCGUUCCCGCCCGCCGUAAAACUCGAGGUGGACGUGAUCGGCACCAUGAUCCUCCACCGGACGGAGAACUGCUCCUUGUACGGCCUCGUCUCCUUCCUCUGCACACGCCACCGUCAUCUCACCGAUUUCGAUCAGGCCAUCUACUGCCUGCUCCAGGCAGACGGCGACCUACUCCUCGCGGACCGCCGCCUCGAUGAUGACGACGACGCAGCUGCCGGCUUGGACAGAGCCUUCUUGGCCGCCGCUACGGCGGCCUACCACCCCAACCCCGAUGCUCAAGCAAAGCUUUUGCGACGUCUAUGUCCAUGUGAUGAGCGGAUAUCAUCUAUCCUACAAGGUAGUACUGGCCAACUCUCCUCUCAAGAUGUUCAGUGCCUUGCCAGGUUGUUGUGUCCUGAGGCUGCCUGCAGCGAGCAGCCGCUUCGCCGGUUCCCCCAUCCAUGGUACUUGUCAUCGCAAACAAUGAUGUGCAAAAAGAUCAAUGCUGCAUUGAGUGCAUAUGCCGCGAUGCUCAGCGGGGAACCCAUGUAUGAGCUUCAUACAAUCUGUGGUGUGAACAAAUAUGUGUCAGGCCCAGUUGGCACUGAUGCUAAGUGCUACCGCACCCAUGUCAAUUUCCUGGCAACUCCCAAAGGCACUCAGUUUCCUGCCGGCACAACUCCGCUGCUAUUCUUCGCUGAGGUUUGCAAUGAUGAUGAUGAUGACAGAGCUGGAAUGCCACAACCCUUCGUCUGUCGCGUGUGGGUGCCGUUACCAUGUGCCGGACGAGUACGGUGCCUUUACUGUGACCACAUGGGUAUUAGGAUCGUGCAUCCGGUUGGGGAAGACUUCCAUGGGCGCAAGUUGGAGUUUGAGAAGAUGGUCUGUGGAGAAGACCCCUGCGACGAUGAUUUUGAUCCUGCAGUGGACCAACCAUAUUACACCAAUACAAAGAUCAUCGACCAUAGUCGCGUCACAACGGAGAGGCUUAAUGGUAGGGUAGAAGAGGAUCGCCUUUACAAUGAUCCGUUGGAGGAUAGUGAUGGGUAUGGCAGUGACAUGACUUUGAUGAGCGAUGAGUAUGAUAGUGAUUUGGAUUCCAUGGCUGAUGAGCGUCAUGUCUAACAUCGUGUUGUAGCUGUUAUUAAGAUGUUGUAGAAUUGGAAGCCAUAGUAGGUAGAAGAGGGUUAACAGUUGACAGAGAACCUUGUCUUAGCCUGAGUUUUAGAUGAUGCACUAGUGUAUUGGAAUGUCGUAUAAUGGUCACUGGUGAUGGCAUUCGGAAGUGAGAAUGAUUGUUUAACAAAUAAUUUAACAAGGAUAGUCAUGUACUCCCUCCGUUCACAAAUAUAUGAUAUUUUGAAUAUUUUAAUAUGAACCACAC